UCUUUUUUGUUGUGAAUAAAUUAAUAACUUUUAAAACCACAAUCGAACAAAAAUCUUUUAUCGCAUGCGGAUGUUAAGUUUCCUUUUACCGUCAUAACUGAUUCGGUCGCACAACGUAUAAAAUAUAAAUAUUACAACAAAUAAUAUUCUUAACAAUGGAAGAAGAAAUAUAUUCAACAAUUGGUGAUUAUGAAGACGAAACGACAUUUCCUGAAAUAGAAGAUCUUCCCAAGGUAAUUGGAGUUAUUUAUAAAAAGGAUUGUCAAAAUUUUCAAACAGAAUAUGUUGUCAAUAAAGAAAUGACAUUGGACAUAAAAAACGAUCCAAAUUAUAUCAACAAACAACUUAAAGAUAAGAAUUACAAUAUUGGGAUGAUGGCAUCCCCACGUCCGAAAUCGCCACGUCCCCCAAUUUCAUCCAAGAAAGAUGAAAAGGAAGAAAGUUUUUGGGAUAAAAUUGGAACUCUUGGUCGAAAGAAACGAAUCAAAGAAGUACAAGAAGUUCAAGAGGAAGGUAAAUAUGCUAUUGAUUCACCCGGAUAUGCUGCUACAGCUGAUAUGCCACCAGAAGAAUAUGCUCUCGACGAGAAUGAAGAACGUUCAAUGAUUGAACCAAGAGCAUUAGAAGAUUCAAAGCUUCAAGAACUUAUAUAUGUUCUAUUAGAAUGGAUCAAUGAUGAACUAGCUAAUCAACGUAUUAUUGUAAAAGAUAUUGUAGAAGAUUUGUAUGAUGGACAAGUAUUACAAAAGCUUUUAGAGAAAUUGACUGGAGAAAAAUUAGAUGUACCAGAAGUGACACAGUCAGAAGAAGGACAAAAACAAAAAUUGGCUGUUGUUUUGGGAGCUAUCAAUCGUAUAUUAGGACGAUAUCCACCUUAUAAAUGGAGCGUAGAAUCUGUCCGUUCUAAAAAUAUUGUCCCUAUUUUACACAUAUUAGUUGGUUUAGCACGACAGUUUAGAGCACCUGUCAGAUUGCCAGAGAGAGUAGCAGUUCAAAUGGUAGUUGUGAGAAAGAAGGAUGGACAAUUAAUGCACAGAACUGUACGAGAAGAAAUUACUUCUAUUUAUGAUGAUCUGGGAAUGCGUUGUGAGAGAGACGCAUUUGACACAUUGUUCGAUCAUGCACCAGAUAAACUUGCCGUAGUUAAACAAUCUUUGAUUACUUUUGCCAAUAAACAUUUGAGCAAAGUACAUUUGGAAGUAACUGAUCUUGAUACACAAUUUCAUGAUGGUGUCUUCUUGACGUUAUUAUUAGGACUUUUAGAAGGAUUUUUUGUUCCAUUAGGAAGCUUUCAUUUGACACCAAAAACGCAUGAUCAAAAAGUUCACAAUGUUUCUUUUGCAUUUGAUAUUAUGCAAGAUAUUGGACUACUUAAACCUAAGGCCAGACCUGAAGACAUUGUGAAUUUGGACUUGAAGUCCACCCUUCGUGUUCUGUAUAAUCUUUUUACUAAAUACAAAGGUCUGAAUUGAUAUAUUUUUUUUAUAAAAGUAAAUAAGAGAGGAAUAUAUAUAUAUAUAUGUAUAAUGUUGAUAGAUCAAAUAUGAUUGUGUUAAUUUAUGUUUAAUAGCGUAAUAACUCAAAAGUAUGUCACGUAUUUAUAAAUUUUAACAAUCGGAAAACUGCCAUUAAUCGUAAUAAUAUUUAUCUAACAAUAAGUGAGUUAUUUUAAAUUGAUCUUAUAUUUUAAUAUAAUGAAUUUGUCUAUUUUCUAUAGAACAUGAAAGUCAUGUGCCUUCUAACGUAAUAAUUGAACCAAAGUAUAUUAGAAUUAUUUUUGUAUACUCACAAGGAAUUAAAAGAAAUGCUGUUAACGUAAAA